AUGGAAACGCAGAUGGAGAGAGGAGAAGCAUAUCUCCUUGUGAUUGGUGUGGUGGAAAAGAAAGAAGACAAGAAGUUGAAAGUGGAGGAUAUCCUGGUGGUACAAGAGUUUGGGGAUGCAUUCGAGGCGCUGACAGAAUUAUCCCUACCACGGAGGAAUCCAUUCACUAUAAGCCUGGAGUCAGGAACGACGCCAGCAUUAGGGGUACCAUACGAAGAAGGCGAAGGCGUUGAUGAGGACUAUCACCUAGCCGAAGAUGUGACCAUCCUACUUCAUGGGAGAAUCACCGUUCCAGAAGGAGGGCAUCUAAGACAAGAGAUACUAAGGAUGGCACACCAGUCUUUACUUAGUAUUCAUCCUUGA